CCGGAAAUGAGGGCUUGUGGUUGGAUCUACUCUUUGGUCAGAUAGCUCGUUGGCUGGCUGAAGUGCCAGGGCUGCCAGGGGUCGGGCAGGCAGAGCAAUCCUCCCCCAGCAAAUCCAUCUUGCUUAUGCAGGCUUGGAUGGCAGCGCUUGCCGCCGCGGGGCUCCUUUGAAUCCAUGAAGGCUGCAGCAGCGCUGGGCAUCCCGCCCCGCCAGUUCCAGCGCAGUGGGAGAGGAGGCUACAGGGUCAAGGCCAAAGCCUCCUACGUGGAUGAGUCACUCUUCGGCAGCCGCGCAGGAUGCCAGGACGCAGGAGCAGAGUUCGACCCGCCGUGGAUGGAUAACAAAGCCAGUUCCCAGAGACCUCUGUUGUGGAGCCCACAGACAACACGGUGGGAAGCAGAUGCUGGCCCCUUACAAGCCGCUCCACCAGCCAGCACUCCAAGAAAGAGAAAUAAAUACAGGCUGAAAAGUCAUACCCCGUCCUAUUGCGACGAGACCCUGUUUGGGUCAAAACUGGAGGGACAAGAAGAGGCGGCUCACUGGAUGGCGAAAGGAGGUGUGUCUAAGCUCUGCCCUUUGCUUUGGACUCCGCCUUCCGCUGCCAGAGAUCAGCCAGCCCUUUCCCCUCGCCCACAGGAGACGCUGCCGAAAGCUCUGCACGCCCAAAGGAAAGAUUCCUUUGGAGCCCAACACGGAAGAGAAAACUCUUUUUGGAAACAUCCUGAGAACUGUUCAGACAGCCGUGACAGCCAGGACCUGCUGGGAAGGGCCCGUUCCCAGUCUCUUAUCCAUCCCUAUAGUACUUCUGAUAGAGUCCAGCCACCUGUCAUCAAGCCAAGGACAUACAUGGAGCAGGAUCACCGAUGUUCAGUGGCCUCCCCGGGUUAUGUAUCCAGACCAUCUUCUAAGGGUUUGCCCGGGUCAUUGUCUGCCAGGGUAACAAGAGUUACCAGCUCAUGCAAACCCAAGCCUCCCUGGAAAUAAAAAAUGGCUGCUCUCAUAGAUGCAGCAAGCAAAAUGCUCACCAGAUGGUCGGAACGUGUGCGGAGUAGCUGUGCUGGGGAUUGUUUGCCUCUUGUUUGUCCAUGUUCCUUACGGCAACUCUGCUGAUGGACCAACUCGCAGUAGCAGUCUUUCCCUUACCCGGGUGUGUGUGAGAUGGGUUGGGUGCUAGUCAAGCAAAUAGAUGCGAGGGUGGUUAGGACGCAAAAAGGCUCAUGGCUCCCUAAAGCAGUUGUAUUUCCACAGUUUUGGACAGCCAGAAAGCAGGGUGAGGUGGGAAUGCUCUUUCCCAAAUGAAAGGUCGCAGCCCCUCUCCCCAGGCUCGGUCUGUUACAGGGAAGGGAAACUGGUGGCCCUCCAGAUGUUGUUUGAAUUGCAACUCCCAUCAACAUUCCCAGUGGUUAGGGAUAGCAGGAAUGCUUGUCCAACAAUAUGUCGAGGGCCACAGGUUCCUCUUCCCUGGGCUAUGUAAUGCAGGGGUAGGAAACACGCAAGGGCUGAAUUCCCUUAAAGCAGUGUUUCUUAACUGCUGAGGCAUUAGGUGGGCAUAUGAAGAUCUUGGGGGCAGGGGGUGUCACUGUUUCCAAAAAAAAAAGUACAAUAUAAGUAAUAAGACGCAGGUUUGCCGUUUGGGUGUGCUCCUGGACUCAACCUUAAACCUGGAGGCCCAGGUUUCUGCGGUGGCCAGGAGUGCUUUUGCACAGUUAAGACUAGUGCACCAACUGCGCCUAUUCCUGGAGUCGUCUGAUCUGGCCGCAGUGACACAUGCCUUAGUUACAUCCCGCUUAGACUUCUGUAACACGCUCUACGUGGGGCUGCCUCUGAAGACUGUUCAGAAACUUCAGUUGGUGCAACGAGCUGCAGCCAGAAUGUUAACUGGGGCUGGUUACAGGGAUCAUACAACUCCCCUGCUGCAACAGCUCCACUGGCUGCCAGUCUGUUUCCAGACACAAUUCAAAGCGCUGGUUAUGACCUAUAAAGCCCUAUACGGCUUAGGUCCAGGCUAUCUGUCAGACCGUAUCUCCCUAUAUGAACCUGCCUGGGCCCUGAGAUCUUCAGGAGAGACCCUUCUCGCAAUCCCAACACCUUCACAAGUGUGGCUGGUGGGGACACGAGAUAGGGCCUUUUCGGUGGCUGCCCCUAGGCUCUGGAACUCCCUCCCUAGGGAGGCAAGAAUGGCCUGCUCUGUACAGUCCUUCCGCCGACAGCUAAAGACUUUUUUCUUCCGGCAGGCCUUUGGAACUGAAGGCUUUAAGGGUAGUGAUUGAAGAGGAUGCUGUAUGGUAUUGUCUAACUUGUAUGCUUUUAAACUGGGUUGCAGUAUUUUAAGUGUACAAUUGGUUUUAACAUCUUAAUAGUUUAAUUCUGUUUUAAUGCUGAUUUUUAUAUGUUUAUAUGUUUUAUAUGUCUAUAUGUUCUUAAUGAUAUGUACUUACUUUUAUCUGGAAGCCGCCUUGAGUUUCAGUUUGGAAAAAGGGCGGGGUAUAAAUAAAGAUGAUGAUGAUGAUGAUGAUGAU